CUGACAUCAAUAGCUUUUACAAGUGGCUAAGUGGCAAGAGCUGUCACGAUUUGUUUUUCGAGUAUUGACAGUAUUGUGAUUAUUUAUAUUGCCAUGAACGCGAAGUUAUGAACUAAAAUAUGCUAUUUUACUUUAAGAUGCACAAAUAAUAUACUUAAUAGUUAAGGUUGUGAUGUACAUUUUAACCCGAUAUGGGAAAAUUCAAUACCUACAGGUAUUUAGAGUUAAAAGAUGAUACCUCAGCGUCACAUAUCAACAUAAGGGCUAGAACCUUAAAGCAACCGAGAAGAUUAAAGAAAAUAUUUAUUUUCCUCUUAGUACUAGCCCUAUGUGUUACAUAUUUUUUGGGACUGUUCGCGGGGCAGGCACAAUGGUUCGAUGGCCUAGCGAAGAGUCUUGGCUACGAGAGUGUCUAUCACCACGCGGUGAUCAUAGACGCAGGGUCUUCAGGGACCAGAGUACUGGCUUAUAGGUUUAGAGUACCAUUUACAGUAUUCGGACAACCAAAUUUGGACCUAGUGGAUGAAUUUUGGGAAGAGACAAAGCCGGGUUUAUCGUCCUACGUCGAUGACCCAGAAAAGGGCGCCGACACGAUCGUGCAGCUGGUGCGGCACGCGGCGCACCUGGUGCCGCCCGAGCGGCGCCGCGACACGCCGCUCAUCGUGCGCGCCACGGCCGGCCUGCGCCUGCUGGCCCCGCAGAAGGCGCAGAUGCUCAUCGACGAAGUCUCCAAGGCUAUAUCCAAAUUGGGCUACCACGUUGAUCAAAACAGUGUGGAGAUCAUGGACGGUUCUGAUGAGGGAAUAUUCAUUUGGUAUACAGUCAACUUAUUGCAUAACCUAAUUGGGAGCGGGACGAUGGCGGCGCUGGACCUGGGCGGCGGCUCCACGCAGAUCACGUUCGAGCCGCGCGAAGAGGACCGGAAGCUGUCCCCCCCCGCCGACCUGUACGUCGUGCCGGCCGGCGCCGCCAACGUCACUCUCUACACACACAGCUACUUGAAGCUGGGUCUGCUGGCGGCCAGGUACGGGAUAUUCCGGCUCGAGGCCAACGACAACGACACGAACGAGUUCGUCUCCGUGUGCGUCGACCCCAUCGUGCAGAGGGAGAAGUGGACGUAUGCGAACAAGCAGUACGUCAUCAGCGGCGCGGCGCGCGCGGACGGCGCCAAGCGCGAGGCGGUGUACGCGCGCUGCCACGGCGCGGCGCGGCGCUACGUGGCGCGCACGGCGGGCGCGGCGGGCGCGGCGGGCGCGGCGCCGGCGCAGCCGCCGCGCGGCGCCGUGGCCGCCAUGAGCUACUUCUACGACGUGGCGGCCGACGCCGGCCUCAUCGACGUGAUGCGCGGCGGCGCGGUGUCGGCGGCGCAGUACCGCGCGGCGGCGCUGCGCGCGUGCUCGGCCUCCAACGUGGAGCAGCCGUGGGCGUGCGUGGACCUCGUGUACGUGCACACGCUGCUGCAGGACGUCUUCAAGAUCCGCGACGCCGAGCCCGUAUCGUUGUUCAAGAAAGUGAACGGCCACGAGGUGUCGUGGGCGCUGGGCCUCGCGUACACGUCCAUCAUGAACAAGAUGGCGAGCGCGCCGGAGGCGUAGCCGUCGGCCGACGCUCGUUAGUAUUUUCGUCUUAAAUGAAACGUUCACACAAUAUUUUGCUACUUGAAAUUUUAUAUAAGCUCAUUGCAGAUUUAUUGUUUCGUAAAACUUCGUUGAAAACGUAAUCGAGUAUUUUAUUUUGAGGUGUAUGUUUUCGUCUGGCGGCCAUCUCGUUUUGUACGCCACACGCACAGCUAUUUUUGGCGGUAUAAUUAAGACGAUAUUUACGUAAUUAUUUUAUUCCAGUUAAAUUUACAUAAAAUUUUCUCGUUGUAUUGUAAGUAUUAAGCAGUUUGUAAAUUUUAUCUGUGCCUCUAUAAAAUAAAGUUUUUUUUUUUUAAUUUAUGGCAGAUAAAACAGAUUAUAUAUGAAAGUUGCUACGAACAAUAAGAAAUAAAAAAUUAAAAGCAAUAAGUUACCUGUAGUUUACAAAUUUUGAAAAAUUUCAAAUUUGUACUCGAAUAUAAAAAUACUUAUGAUUUCGACGUAAUAAAACUUUAUACAUUUCAAUUUGUAUCGCAGAAAAUUUGUAUAGAAUAUUUUUAUUACAUACUACGUAUAUUUUUAAUUUCACAACUAAACUAAAAUCUAGUAUAAUUAAAUAAAUGGUGAAUAUCG